AUGGAAACUUCUAACAACCGCCUGUUCCGUUGGUCCAAACCCGAGUGGCUCAACAACUCGACCGUUCGCAAUGCGGGCGUCUAUACUUCGGGUGCCCUGUUCGCUCUCGGUCUCUUCUUCCUCGUUGAUGCCGCCGCCUUUUCCCACAGCUCCCUGAAUGGCUCGUCCGUGCAUGUGAAGUUCGUGGACUGGGUUCCUGGGAUCUGCUCUGCCCUGGGCAUGCUGGUGAUCAAUUCCAUCGAGAAGUCGCGUCUGCAGGCCGACAGCUUCAGCUAUAGUGGCAGUGGGGUCGCCUGGAAGGCGCGCUUCGUGCUCUUCCUGGGUUUUGCGCUUUUGGCAGGAGGUCUCGCUGGCAGUGUAACCGUCAUGGUUCUCAAGUACCUCAUCAAACAAUACCCGCUGCAGACCCUCUACUUUGGCAUUGCCAAUGUUGUCGCCAACGGACUCAUCAUGCUGAGCUCCGUUGUCCUUUGGGUUUCCCAGAACAUAGAAGAUGACUUCACUUACAACCUUGCGUUGUAA